UCUGACGAGCCGUCUCACGCAACAGAUCCACUCGGUCAAUGGAACUUGAUGUGGGGUUCGCACAAAUGCAAAAACCCGUUACCCUUCGGCACGUGACCCACAGCUUCAGCAAAUUUUGGUACGCAAACUAAGGCAACUAAAGAUCCCCUCGUUUUUUCUGAUCCUGUUGGAAAUAUUCUCGUCACCUCACGAUCCAACUAACCCAUCCAGCAACAAUGGCCGCUGAAACCGCUCGAUCUGGCCUGGCCGUCGGCCUCAACAAGGGUCACAAAACCACUCCCCGUGUCGUCAAGCCCCGUGUUUCCCGAACCAAGGGUCACCUGAGCAAGCGCACUGCUUUCGUCCGUGAGGUCGUCAAGGAGGUUGCUGGCCUUGCUCCCUACGAGCGCCGAGUCAUUGAGUUGCUCCGCAACUCCAAGGACAAGCGUGCCCGUAAGCUCGCCAAGAAGAGACUCGGUACCUUCGGCCGUGCCAAGGCCAAGGUCGACGAGCUCCAGCGCGUCAUCGCUGAGGCCCGCCGUACUGGUCACUAAAUCAACUCGAUUUGAUCUGAUUUUUGGGAAUCUGGCACCGAACGGGGUUCGCAUGGAUUGGCGUGGUCACGAUUUGAUCGAUUAAAAAAUUAACGGCUUGGACGCGCCGUGGCAGGGAUUUAGCUGCGGAUCACCGGAAUACCAACACUUUCAAGAGACUUAUGGCGUAAUGAUCAAGCCAUGUUCCAAUCUGUCUUUCGUGAUAAGUGACGCUUCACCUUUGUUUUCGAACUUAGAUCCGUUGAAUGCAAUAUGUAUUCGUAACCUAUGGAUUUCGCUGUUUUGCGCUAUGAAAAAGCCCCCUUAAACCAACGCCACCAAUGAUCAUUAAUGCGAACACCGUAACGUUUCUAAACUGCCACUAUUGUCUAUUUCUUGCCCAGCUUGAGCCACUUGGGUAUCUUCUUGCCAGUCUUCUCUUCUGAGCCCUCACCCUUCUCUGCUUGUGCUGGCCGAGCAAGAGGUACUUCCUCUUCUUGAUCAUUCGAAGCGAUGAGCUCAGGCACCUUGACCCGCUGGCCCUUUUGAGCAAUGUUGGCCUUGAGGAAUGGCUCCUUCCGUACGGCUGAUGGUACAGCAUCAUCCCAGACCAGGUUAAUCAAGGUACGCCCAGACAGUUUAUACGCCUUGAUCAAUCCGUUGCUGGGGCUUGGAUCGUCCUUGAUCACAAUCUUGGUCCCGGGAAGAACAAGAUGGAAAGGUUGGUUGUUGUGGGCCAUAACGUGCCGAACAGCAUCGUAGAGGAACUGGCCACUGUGAGAGGGACUUACUUCCCAGUCGCUGCUUGUGUUGUCCGGAAAUCGGACUUUGACGAGAAUAGACUUAAUUGCGUUGAUCCUUGCGGCCUCUGCAGCAGCCUUCUCUUCCAAUUCGCGGUCUGAUAGCAGACGCUUGUUCCUCGAAUCCCCCUGAAGCCGAGCUUGAUGAAGUUGCGCAUGAGCAAUUGUAGGGGCAAAGUCAGCAUCGGUAGCAGGAGUCAAGGCUGCAGCAGGUGUUGACCCUGAAGGGGCAAGGAAAACGUUGAUAGGUGCCAGAGGAUCCCCGGGCUGAGAAGAGUCGAUAUCCAUGUUGUCCUCAUUAGCAGCCUUGGGCUCUGUUUCUUGUUGAAUGGGGGCUGGGUCAUGUGUCCGUUCUACUUGAUUAUCCGUCAUCUGUGAGUCCUCCGUCUCCCUUUGUGCUUGCUGUUCUGGUUUCUGUACCCCUUGUUCUGGUGCAAGCUCUACCUUUGCAGCUGGCACUUCUGCCUUCAGGCCUUCAUCCUCGGUAUCUUUGAAGAACUGACCAAUUUCUGUCAUUGCAUCGUACAGUGUCUUGUCUGUCUUUCGGUAGUCCAAUCUAAUCAGGACAUUCCCUGAGUUGUAUCCUAGUUGCGAUAGUGUCUUCUGGAAAUCGACAAAGGUUGAAAGCUCUCGUCCCAUAAUGUUGAGAACAGGUGUUUCAUAGUAAAGCUGUCCACUACCACUCCCCGUAUCACCACUCAUUUGCGCAAUCCCGCGGCCGGUAAUAUUGAUGUUUCUUCCAUUGCUGGCCUCUCCGCUCUCGAACUGGCGUAGAACCUUCCAUAUGGUGAGAUCGCUGGGGAAUUUUUGAAUCAACCGGCCACCGGGUAUUUCGCGGCCCUCGGGAGGAGGAACCUGGAGGGCGACUUGGAUAGCAGAAGGUGUUUUCGACUUUUGGACAAGUUCAAGUUUUGCGCCUGGUGACAGACCGGAAGUUCGGAAGGGAACAGAUAAAUCUACUGUUUUUUGUCGGUGUCUAUACGUCAAUUUCGUUAGCCAUUCGUUCAGCGGCAGAGCCUAGCCCGAGCAUGUGGUACCUACUUGACAAGAUAUUUAUCACUGGAAAGGUUGAGUCUUCUACAAGCUUCCUCCAACACAUCAAUAAGGUAGGUUCCAGGGUUGACUUUGAUAGUAGCUCGCCGUAGGUCGGUGGCUAUCACCACGACGUUGGUCGCCAUUCUUCAGAAGGCUUAGGUAUCAAGACGAUGAGGUGUAGGGUUGAAGCUGCACCUGUAUUAGGCUAACAUGAAUUCGUUAAUAAAGGAUGAUCGCGGGGGAUGGAUGUUGAGCUCGGUUGGCGGUGAUGUAAGCAGCCAGUGUGGGUGAGUCGAGUGGUCAACGGUGGGGUUACUUACCUUAGAG